AUGCGACGUAUUCAGAAUCAUCCACCUACGCCUUCUGGAUCAACUGCAACCAUCACUUGCAUGCAUGCAUCGGUAGCUCAAAAAUCCUACGGAUCGGAAAAACGAUUUCUUUGUCCACCACCGAUGGUCCUAAUGCGUCGAGGUCAUCGAGAUGACAAACCUCAAGUGUCCAUGGCCGUGGUAUGCGAAAAUGGUGAACGACCUUUGGAACAACGAGUCAUGCUGGACGAUAGUUUGAGUGGCAGUUUCAAAUACCUGCAUGUCAGUGGCACAGCCAAAGCAAAACAAUUCUGUUUACGUGUCAACCUGAGCCACAACAAUCCUACUCAUGCUUCCUCGCCUAAUCCUUCAUUCUCAACAUUGUCAUCUUCACCUUCCUCCCCAUCCUCUUCUGCGUCUCCUUUGUCCUCUUCCUCCUCUUCGUCAUCCUCAUCAUCCUCUUCUUCUUCCAAUACUGUCCCCUAUGCUACCUUUUUAUCCUAUCCUAUUGCCAUCAUUUCCAAACCUUCCAAAAAGACGGCCAAAGCACGUAAUGUAUCAACUUGCGUAUUAGCCAAUCAUCCCGUGUCGCUCUUCAAUCGAAUCAAUUCACAAACUGUACGCACCAAAUACAUGACAACCGAAUUGGAUCAUCUGUGCGCGAAAAAUUCAACAUGGUCUCCGUUCGAUAUCAUCAUUUUACGUCAACCCGCGGUCCAUAAGAACAGCAUGGUCAUGAACGAAAAUUCUCGCAUGCCUUCCGUUUCACCUCUCACGCCGCUCCCUUUAAUGUACGGCACGGAAAUCAUUCUCAAAGAUAAUCAAACCGGUGUUGCCUCGCUCCCCAUGGUCGUCCGUAAAGUCGACAAAGGCCGCAUUGUCAAUUGCGCUUACGGUCCGGUCAGCCAAAUGCAGAAAAUUGCUCUCCAACUUGCGUCUUCGGUCGAUAAACAACCCGUCUACCUGAGUGCAGCCGGUGCCAAUAGUCCCAGCGGCAAUGUGGAAGCCGACCUCGCCAAUGGAUUGGUGUCUUCAGCAACCAACAGUAGCACAUGGCUGGAUUUCACUCCAUCGCGAUUGGUUCAACCAGGCCCGGGAUCUUUGGAAUUAUCACAUGAAGAAGUGGACGAUUACCUCUGUUGGACGAUUGUGGGCAUUUCAAAAUUCGAAUACACUUUUUACGAAGCACCACCGCCACCGUCUGUUCCCCCGUCGCCUCCCCCUUCGCCACCUCGAACCAUCACCCCGUUUCCACUCCUGACCUCCGUUCAGUAUGAGUCCUUCAACCAUUCGCUUAAUAUUGUUGGACAGCACCUCAUGCAAUCAUCAACCGAAGGUAUGCCACGACUUUUGGAUCUGUGGCUAGGUACCCACGGGCCAUUAUUGGCCAUCACCACCACCACCGUGGGAGCGCAACCCAACACCACCUUUCAACUGACAUUUCACCUUCCUGCCACCGAGAGUUUAUUAGCCACACAUCACGAUCUCCUGAUCUCUCACGCUGAUGGUAGUCGACGUCUCGAGUUACCUCUUCUUCUCGUGCGCAAAGACGGCAUGGUAUACCAUUCGGGUAAAGCCCUAUUGUGUCAGUUGGCCCCAUCACAAAAUGAUGGUCGAUGGUCCGUUGUCGAUGCUACCACGGCUUCCUGA